CAGUCUUUGUAUCAGUGCUGAUCAUAACAACAACCUUCCAGCUAGCAGCUUUGAGUUUGUCUUCCAUUUGAGAGUCAACAUUUAUUAGCACCGUGUUAACGACUGAAGUAAUAACAGGACAUAACACAGAUCGUCAUUAUGCCUUCUGCUUGUGACUCCCUGAUCGAUGACAUUGAGGACAUGGUGUCAGCUGACGACCCGACUCCACAGGAGAGGCAGUAUGCCAGGAAGAGCAUCAUCCCCAGAGCCAGGAAGAGAAACACCCAGCAGACUACAGAGGUGCUGCAAGCAGACAGCGUAAUCCCUGGCAUGCAGAAGAUCUGGAUGAGGACAUGGGGCUGCUCUCACAACAACUCAGACGGGGAAUACAUGGCUGGACAGCUGGCAGCGAGCGGAUACAGGAUGACAGAGGACCCAGCAGAGGCUGAUCUGUGGCUACUCAACAGCUGCACUGUGAAAAACCCGGCCGAAGAUCACUUCAGAAACUCCAUCAAGAAGGCCCAGGAGCAGGAUAAGAAGGUGGUGGUAGCUGGAUGUGUUCCCCAGGCCCAGCCCAGGAUGGACUACCUUAAAGGACUCAGCAUCAUCGGGGUUCAGCAGAUUGACCGUGUGGUGGAGGUGGUGGACGAGGCUGUUAAAGGUCACUCGGUGCGUCUGCUGGGUCAGAAGAAGAACAACGGGAAGCGUCUCGGCGGUGCCAGACUGGAUCUGCCCAAGAUUAGAAAGAAUCCUCUGAUCGAGAUCAUAUCGAUCAAUACAGGUUGUCUGAAUGCCUGUACGUACUGUAAAACCAAGCAUGCCAGAGGAGACCUGGCCAGCUACCCUGUAGAGGAACUAGUGGAGAGAGCCAGACAGUCCUUCCAAGGUGAGUCUACAGCCGACCUACACGCUGCUGCUCCAGGUACACUGACUCCUUUAACGACCUUCUAG